CUGAGGACACUGAUUUGAAUACGCAAAUAACCGUUCUCAUGGUCCCGCCCACUCCGCUGUGCCUAAGCGGAGACCGUUCUAAGCAGCCAAAUAACUGCUCGGGCUCGCGGCCGCUUCACACCGAGGUGCUACAGCGCCAGCCAAGGGGGGAUCUGCCCUGCGGCAGGGACAGCGCCACGCGACCCCGCCCCUCUGCAGGGCCCAGCCCUGACACACCCUUCCCCGGGGCCGCGAGUGGAACCGGCUGCAUCGGUGGGGACAGCGAGUGCCACCCCCACCCACCCGCGUGUGUGCCAUGCAGGAUCCAAAUGAAGAUACGGAAUGGAAUGACAUAUUAAGAGAUUUUGGAAUACUACCUCCAAAAGAUGAGCCAAAAGAUGAAACUGAAGAAAUGGUUUUACGUUUACAGAAAGAAGCAGAGGUGAAACCAUAUGAAAGAAUGACACUUAAAGAACUAAAUGAAGCUGAAGAUGACUUUGAUGAGGAUGAUAUGAAAGCUCUUGAAAUGUAUAGGCAACAACGGUUGCAAGAAUGGAAAAUUCUUCAGAAAAGACAAAAGUAUGGGGAUCUGAGAGAAAUUUCUGGUGAGCAAUAUGUGAAAGAAGUCACAAAUGCUCAGAAGGAUGUGUGGGUUGUAAUUCAUCUAUAUAGAUCAAGCAUCCCAAUGUGCUUACUAGUUAACCAACAUCUCAGCCUGCUAGCCAGAAAGUUUCCAGAAAUCAAGUUUAUCAAAGCCAUUGUGAACAGCUGUAUUCAAAACUACCAUGACCGAUGUUUACCCACAAUUUUUGUGUACAGAAAUGGUCAGAUAAAAGGCAGGUUCAUUGGAGUUACUGAAUGUGGAGGGACAAAUCUUAAACUAGAAGAGCUUGAAUGGAAGUUAGCACAAGUUGGAGCAAUAGAAACUGACUUAGAAGAAAGCCCCAAACAAAACAUUACAGAUAUGAUGAUGUCUUCAGUUAGAAGUUCUUCUAUUCAUGACACCAACAGUGCUAGUAGGGAAAAUGAUGAGACCAAAUGUUACUCACAUAGGAAUUUUUAAUGGCAGUACUCUGCACUGAUGUUUUUAUGUUUGGUCAACAUAUGCAUGUUUAUUACUGGUUUCAUAAAUUGAAGCAAUGCA